GAAUGGGUGCUGGUGGGACCUGUGGCCACAGUUUGAGGGCGGGCAGGAAGCACAUAUAAUGCAAAUGUGCUGGGGGCCGGCACCAUCAUUUCGGCAGCCACCAGUGGGCAGCGAGGGUGUUCUCUGACAGCUUCUCCUCGGGCUCCAGGCACCAUGGUCACCCACCUGCUCUUCCUGGGCAUUCUCCUGGUGCUGCCUCCACCCAUCCCAGCCCCCUGCUACAUAGGUGCACCUGCAGAGUGCAAACAAAAGCGCGGCUUUGUGCCAGGUGCAUGGCUGGCUGGGGAAGGUGUGGACGUGACCAGCCUCCGCCAUUCAGGCUCCUUCCUUGUGGACACCCAGAAGUUCCUGCGGCCCGAUGGCACCUGUACCCUCUGUAAAAAUGCCCUGCAGGAGAAUGCAGUGCAGUUGUUGCCCCUGGCACUGGACCACUGGCGGGCAGAAGGUUCCGGCUGCCAGCGCCAUGUGUUCAAGGCCCAAAUCAGCUCCACGGAGGCCGUGGCCAGAGACGCGGCUUCCACCAUCACCAAUGACUGGCGGGUAGGGCUGGAAGUAUCUCCCAACCCCAGUGUCAACACACGUGUAUCCGUGGCUGGCUCACACUCCCAGGCAGCCAACUUCGCAGCCGAGAAGAACCAUCAGGACCAGUACAGCUUCAGCAUGGACAAGAUGGAGUGCCGCCUAUACAGUUACCGCCUGGUGCACACUCCCCCGCUCCAUCAUGAUUUCCGGAAGGCCCUCCGGGCACUGCCCCCCUACUUAAACACCUCCACCGAGCCUGACUACCACAGGCUCAUCUCCAACUAUGGCACCCACUUCAUCCGGGGCGUGGAGCUGGGCGGCCGCACCUCGGCCCUCACCGCCCUGCGCACCUGCGAGCUGGCCCUCGAGGGGCUCACAGCCGACGAGGUAGGGGACUGCCUGAAUGUGGAGGCCCAGGUCAGCAUCAGCAGCCAUGCCAGCACCUCAGCUGAAUAUAAGGCCUGUGAGGAGAAGAAGAAGCAGCACAAGAUGAAGGCCUCCUUCCACCAGACUUAUCGCGAUCGCGUCUUUAAAGUGGAAGGCGGACAACAUGAAUCCAUGUAUGAUCUGCUGUUUGGGAGCAAGGCGGGGCCCGAGCAGUUCUCAGCCUGGGUGACCUCACUGCCCAAGAAGCCUGGCCUGGUGGACUACAGCCUGGAGCCCCUGCAUAUGCUGGUGAGGAACCAGGACCCUCGGCGGGAGGCAUUGAAGCAGGCAGUAAGCAAAUACCUGAUGGGCAAGGCACGCUGGAAGGACUGCAGCAAGCCCUGUCCACCAGGGCAGCAGAAGAGGCCCAAUGACCCAUGCCAGUGUGUGUGCCACGGCUCAGCAGUCAUCACCAAGGACUGCUGCCCAAGCCAGAGGGGCCUGGCCCGGCUGACGGUGACCAUUGUCCAGGCUAAGAAUCUGUGGGGGGACUGGUUCACUGCUUCAGAUGCCUACGUGAAGGUCUUCUUUGGCAAGCGGGAGUUGAGGACCCACGUCGUGUGGAACAAUAACAACCCCAAGUGGUGGACCCAUCUGGACUUUGGCGACGUGGUCCUGGCCACAGGAGGGCCUCUGAGAGUGCAGGUCUGGGAUGCAGACCAUGGCUGGGACGAUGACCUCCUGGGCUCUUGUGACCGGUCUCCGACAUCUGGCUCUCAUGAAGAGCUAUGUCACAUGAACCAUGGGGACCUGACAUUCAAAUACCACGCCAAGUGUCUGCCUCACCUGAGUGGGGCAACCUGCUUGAAUUACGCCCCACAGGGGCUUCUGGGGGAGCCUCCAGGGAACCGGAGUGGGGCUGUGUGGUAACUGCAGUGGGCCUGGAGAGGACAGUUCUCACCAUGGGAGCUGGGGCCCGUCUUCCUGCUCUCAUCCCAGAUGGCAAAUGGUUUUAUUUUUAAUCAAUACUGAAGGCUGAAUGCAGGGCCUCAUCCCUGCAAAGCAAGCAUUCUACCACUGAGAUACAUCCCAAGCUCUUAUCUUAUGUGGAGACAGGGCCUUACUAAUGUGCCAAAGCUAGCCUUAAGUUUGUGACCCACCUGCCUCAGCCUCCUGAGUGGCUGGCAUACUCAACAGACUCUUUUAUUCACCGAGGUGACCAAGUUUACAGGCCAAGCCUGAGGCUCUCCAUCCAAACUGCUUGUGCUCCUCCAUUUUCUAUUCUGAUAGUCACUGCUACAAAGAUCACAAUGCUAGCCAGGACCCCCCACACCAGCUGCUUACAGCCCAUCAUUUAAGAUCCUUCACUCUUGCAUCGCUUUUUUUUUUAAUUUGUUGUUUUUAAAAAUGUUAUUGUUGGAAUCCUUUCUGGGCUGGCGAGCUUCCCAUCAUAUUAGAGAUGACUCCUUCUGCCCCAGUCUCUCUGUUCUUUGUAGCCUCUCAGGCAAGUCAAGGACUGUCAGGACCUGUGUCACUGUGGACACAGCUUGUGUGAAAGCCAAUAAAGAUGGUGUAAGGGUGACGGUGACAGGGCGUGGUGGCAAAGAUGAGGCCAGGGACCAAACAUCGCUCUGGAGACCAACUUCUGUAUCAGCACUGCAGGCAAGCAAUAAAAAUAAAUUUUUUCUACUUUUGCUGGAAA